GUACGGACUGUGUCUCUGAUGUUCAGAGGAAGUGGGUCAUCUCGGCGCUUUCUCCGGUUCCAUGUUGUUGUCCAGCGGGAGUGUUUGGGGUUUGUAACCGGCAGAGGAAGCUCGUGACGACGGUAAAAUAAAACAAGAGUCGGGAAUUGAAGUUUUUCUACGUUGUUCUCGUCGAAAAACAACAAGAGAGAAGCGGAAACAUGUCGGGAGAGCCGAUUGUUAUCACACUGGAAGCGGCCACCGGGGCCCCGAGCUCUUUCCCGGUGGUUUUGAAGAAAAUAAUGGAAAUGCCUCCGCCGAACAUUCUGGACGGGGACGACGAUACAGACAAAGAAAAGCUGUGUCUGGGAGAUGUCGAACUCGGGGGAGGGGGUAGCGAUAUGGGUCCUUCAGCCGCCUUGACCCCUGCUAUCUGGGAGAAGACCAUUCCUUACGAUGGUGAGAACUUCCACCUGGAGUACAUGGACCUGGAGGAGUUCCUCAUGGAAAACGGCAUCCCCACAUCGCUUGACGAGGUGCCCUCGAACAGCACCUCAGAGGAAGUUGUUGUGAAGAAAGAGAAAGUUAAAGUCAUCAAGCCGACAAGCGUGUCCCAAGCGGCCCUGCUGCCCAUUCAGGAGUUGGACAGUUGUGAGGAGGAAGUGGUGAUCAUCACCAGGGGUGACUCUGAGUUCAUCUGUGAUGUUACAGCAGAGGUGACCACUGAAGAGGAAAGAGCGACCCCCGAGCCAAUCGAACCCGAGGAAAUCGAGGUCGAUAUCAACUACGAGCCAGAUCCCACAGAUUUGGUCCUGUCAAGCGUGCCCGGGGGCGAACUGUUCAACCCACGCAAACACAAGUUCUCCGAAGACGAGCUCAAGCCACAACCUAUGAUCAAAAAGGCCAAGAAGGUGUUUGUGCCUGAAGAGCAGAAGGAUGACAAGUACUGGCAGAGGAGGAAGAAGAACAACGUGGCGGCCAAACGCUCUCGCGAUGCCCGCAGGCUAAAGGAGAACCAGAUCACUGUCCGGGCGGCUUUCCUCGAGCGAGAGAACGCAGCGCUGCGGACGGAGGUGGCAGAGUUGCGGAAGGAUUGCGGCCGCUUCAAGAACGUUGUGGGACGUUACGAAGCCAAAUUUGGAACACUUGAGGCGUCAGAUGACCAAUAGACAACCCCUGAUUUAUUUAUCUUACGAAUUAAUAAAUCAAAACCACUUUGGUCGAUUCGCAAGAACACUCGAAUCGAUCGGAUGAGGACGAAGAUGAGGAAGACGUGUGAGAGCAUGACUGUUGUUGCCAUCAUGUAGAUGCAAUAGCACGUCACAACCCGAUAUCAGUUUUUUUUUUCAUUUUAAUGACUUUUACCACCAGUGUGGGUGAGGUGAGAUAUUCAAGUGCUUCUUCAGUGCACGUGUAUCAUGACGUGUACUUUCAUCAUGUUUUGUAUGCCUUUGGCCAAAAGAGAUCGCCUGUGAUGUUUUUAUUUUGGAGAAACUGUUGGUUUCAGUUGAAUUCUGUAAAUGAGAUAUUCACAUAUUUAGGUAGCAGUUGCAAUAGUUCAGACUAGAUUCUUAGUCAGAUUUAUGAUAUUGUACAAAUAAACAGAUCUUUACAGGUUGCUUCCAUUUGUUCCCGCAUUUUAUGAUUUCUGCUUUUUUAUUUGCAUUUACAGAACACUCGGCUUUUCUUCGCUCACAGAAACAUUCUGACUCUGGAAUUUCCAGUGACUUAAGCUUUUUCAGGGGACUUCUGUAAUUCAGUCAUGGUCACUUCUCUACGUGAACACGUUACUCCUUAACCAGCAGUACAGAGGUGUACACUCUGUCCUCCCUGUUUCAGUGUACUGUGCGUCCUGCUGUCUUUCUAGUGCUGUGUCCGUCACUGAUUAGGACGCCUGCUCAGCUCUCUGCAGGUCGUAGUGUUGACUCGUCCAGUUACGUCAGUCUCACUUAAGAAGUGUUGUGCAUAGAAUCCAUUAAUGCAUGUACUGUAAAUAGUUGUAGCCUAAAUUUAUUCUUUAGAAAACUUUUUCUCCUCGACAUUAUACAACUGUUUUCAUUCACAGGACAUAACUCCCAUACUGUGCCAGUCAAGGCACAGUUGUUGGAGAUAUUAAGCAGUUAGUGUAGAUUUCCUUUUACCUUAGCAUCUCCUGGUGUCGCAUAUUGUUGGCCCUGAAAACACAGACAGCUGUAAUGCUUCUGCUGCAGGAGACAUACUCAAAGUCAUCAAGCUUAUUUUUAUAAUAAAUUUAGAAUUAAAUCUUCUAGAUAUACAACUAAGUCAAAAACCCUUGACUGGAACAUAUGUAUAUUUACAGUGUGUAUUGUUUUUUAACAGACUUACAAACCAGAUUCUUUAGAGGACAGUGUCUGUUACCACCUGAUUUAUUUGUCUGUUGGUUUUAUGCUAUUUUUGACAAACCAGGAAGUCUAGAUACAAACUGUAAUGUAAUCUCAGUGUCUUUUUUUUUUUUAAUAUCUGAAGCCUUUCAAUGCAGUUUGCCAGUUUACAGAGGAAACACUGUUCAACAUGACGUCUGAUCAUUUCACUGUCCAGUUCAGACAAAAGGGAAAGACGCUGUUAUUUUGCUGCCAUGCUUCCACCUAUAGACGAUGUCCCUUUAACAAUAUAAAUUCAUUAUUAUGCUCUUUCCAUGUUGAAAAACAAAUAUGAUAGUUUGUUUUUUUAGCGUUAGAACCAGUAAUACAGAUUCAUCUGUUAGUGCCUCUUCUCAGUGGAGUAAAAAUCAGGAUUACCAUAUUCAUCUACAUUUAUGGUGAGGAGACCAUUUUACUCCCAUCCUUGUUGAUUUCAGUAAAGAAAGAAUCACACUUUUCAUAACAAAUCAAUCACAAUUUUAGGUAUUAUUUAGCAGGUAAUGAUGUUCUUCCUGAUUCCUGUUUUAAUAGUUUUUUAAUGCUUUUGGAGAUUGUAUCCGCUCUCUACCUGGAACAGGUCAGUUUGUUAAAGUUGACAGGUUCUUUUCAAUCCUCCUGGUUACAUCUUUAUAAAGAAAUGUCUUUGCAUUUUGACUGUGGCUACCUUUGUCCUGUAUAUACUUAAUAUAAAUAAAGCCUUGUUGAAUAAGU